AAUGAAUAACCCUAAAAUGCCCUCUAAGUGAAGUGAAAGGAAGAGUUGCAUGUCUCUCACUCUAAGUCAAAAGCUGGAAAUGACUAAGCUUACUGAGGAAGGCAUGUUGAAAACUGAGAUAAGGCGAAAAGCUGGGCCUCUUACACCAGUCAGCCAAGUAGUGAAUGCAAAGGAAAAGUUCUCAAAGGAAAUGAAAAAUGCUACUCCAGUGAACACACCAAUGGUAAGAAAGUAGAACUGCCUUAUUGCUGAUAGGGAGACAGUUUUGGUGGUCUUGACAGAAGAUCAAACCAGCUACAACUUUCCCUAAGCUUAAUCCAGAGCAGGGCCCUAACUCUCUUCAAUUUUAUGAAGGCUGGGAGAGGUGAAGAAAAGUUUGAAGCUAAUGCAAGUUCAUUCAUGAGGUUUAAGGAAAGAAACCAUCUCCAUAACAUAGAAGUGCUGGUGAAGCAGCAAAUGCUGAAGUAGCAGCUACAACAAGUUCUCCAGAAGAUAUAGCUGAAAUGAGGAAUGAAGGUGGCUAUGCUAAGGAACAGAUUUUAAUAUAAAUAAAACAGCCUCCCAUUGAAAGAAGAUGCCACUGAGGACCUUCACAAUAGAAAGAAGUCAAGGCAUAGCUUCACAGCUUCAAAGGACAGGCUGAUUCUCUUCAUAGGAGCUAAUGCUGCUGGUGACUUGGAGUUAAGCCCGUGCUCAUUUAUUUACCAUUCUGAAAAUUUUAGAAUUUUGGAAUUAUGCUAGACCUACUUGUGUCCCAUAGAUGGAACACCAAAGCCUAGAUAACGGUAGAUCUUCUUACAACAUGGUUUACUAAUAUUUUAAGCCCUCUGUUGAGACCUAUUGCUCAGAAAAAAGUACUCCUUUCAAAAUAUUGCUCCCUAACUAUAUGCCUGGUCACUCAAGAGCUCUGAUGGCCAUGUAUGAGACUAAUGUUUUCAUGCCUAACACAACAUACAUUCUUCAGCCCAAGGGUCAAGGAGUCAUUUCAGUUUUCAAGUCUUCGUAUUUAAGGUGCAUUUCAUAAGGCUUUAGCUGCCAUAUGUUCUGAUUCUUCUGAUGGAUCUUGAAAAUUAAAUAGAAAACUUGAAAAGGAUUCACCAUUGUAGAUGCCAUUAAGAGCACUCAUGAUUCAUGGAAAAAGGAUAAAAUACCAACAUUAAUAGGAGUUUGGAAGAAGUUGAUCCAACCUUUAUGGAUGACUUUGAGGGUGUCCUUCAGUGGAGGAAGUAAUGGCAGAUGUGGUGGAAAUAGUAAGAGAACUAGGAUUGGAAUUGGAGCCUGAAGCUGUGACUGAGGUGCUGCAUCUCGUGAUAAAACUUGAAUGAAUAAGGAGCUGCUUUUUAUGGAUGAGCAAAGAAAGUGGUUUUUUGAGAGGAAACUACUCCUGGUGAAGAGGCUGUGAAGACUGUUGGAAUGACAAGAAAGGAUUUAGAAUAUUUCAUAAACUUAAAGCAGCAUAAAGCAGCAUCAGGGUUUGAGAGGACUGACUCUAAUUUUGGAAGAAGUUCUACUGUGGGUAAAAUGCUGUGAAACAGUAUUGCGUGCUACACAGAAAUCAUUCAUGAAAGGAAGAAUCCAUUGAUGAGGCAAACUUGUUUUAAGAAAUUGCCACAGCCACCCAACUUUCAGCAACCACCACCUGAUCAGUCAGCAGCCAUCAACACUGAGCGCAGAUCCGGAUUCCAGGUCUCAGGAUGCUGUUGGUACAAGCUGUUUUCUUGCUACUAGUCCUGCCCAGUCACGGCCAGGACACCACGACCAGAGAGCCGCGAGGCCUGAUUCCCCUGCCCAAGGGGGCCUGCCCGGGCUGGAUGGCAGGCAUCCCAGGGCAUCCAGGCCACAAUGGGAUCCCAGGCCGUGAUGGCAGAGAUGGCACCCCAGGGGAGAAGGGCGAGAAAGGAGAUUCAGGUCUUGCUGGUCCUAAGGGUGACAGUGGUGAAACUGGAGUGACUGGGGUUGAAGGUCCCAGAGGAUUUCCAGGAAUCCCAGGCAGGAAAGGAGAACCUGGAGAAAGCGCCUAUGUAUACCGCUCAGCAUUCAGUGUGGGACUGGAGACCCGGGUCACUGUCCCCAAUGUUCCCAUUCGCUUCACCAAAAUCUUCUAUAAUCAGCAAAACCACUAUGAUGGCUCCACUGGAAAAUUCCACUGCAACAUUCCUGGGCUGUACUAUUUUUCCUACCAUAUCACAGUCUACUUGAAGGAUGUGAAGGUCAGCCUCUACAAGAAGGACAAGGCCGUGCUCUUCACCUAUGACCAGUACCAGGACAAGAACUUGGACCAGGCCUCUGGCUCUGUGCUUCUCUACCUGGAGAUAGGCGACCAAGUCUGGCUCCAGGUGUACGGGGAUGGAGAGAAUAAUGGGCUCUAUGCAGAUAAUGUCAACGACUCCACCUUCACAGGCUUCCUUCUCUACCAUGACACCAACUGGUCACCACUGACUUAGAGCUUUCACCAGGCCAAACAACCCAAAAGUCAAAGAACAGCCAUAGGUUUUCAGUGUAGUUAGGAGACUGAUUUCUUUAUGUAGUUGGAAGGCUCUGAACAUUAUCCACUCAGUUAUUCAUUCAUCAAAUACCUUUUUUAAAAAGUCACAUGCUAUGUUCCCAGUCUUGAAGAAGACAUGGCACCCUCAAAGAUCUGUUAUGUUAUGGCAAUUAAAAUAUAAUAACAUUUCCUGGGGAGUGUCACAUAGGUGACAAGAUAACCAACUGCAACAAAUAGUUUGAUGGUGCUAUUCUGUUCCCAUUGCUUCUCCUCUUGUUCAUGUCAAUUCUGUGAGAUACACAGGAAAGGUAUUAUUCUCUUUUUACACUUGGGGGCCUGAGGUUGAGACAGCUAAGUGAAUGCCUAAGGUCAUAUUGGUAUUGAGUGGCAGAGGUUGAUAUCAAACCCAGGGCUGUAGACCUUUUCCACUGGACUGUGCCCUUUUUGGGAGUGUGUGGCCUCUGGGGUAUUGGUAGGAGGUCUCUCACCCAGCUCACCUGAGGGCCUGUGAGUAGGCCCUCAUCAUGAAUUAAGCCUUUCUGCAGUAGCGCUCCCUCAGAGAAGGUGGCUUUAUGGCAGCCUCAUUCCAGCUGGACUACUCAGUGCCCCUGCUCCACUCUGCCCUUCCUCUUCCCUGUGUCUCUCUCAUGUUCUUCUCUCUGGCCUGGAAAGCCAAACUCAUCUCCACAUGCUGAGUCCUCCCUUUCCUCAAAGCCACCGGUCAGGAAGCUUCUCUGAUGUGAUACCUCUUUCAUGCAGCCCUUACUCACACACUGGAUGCCUGUGCCCCUCCAACUAUUAUUCUCUUGGAUGAGGGUCCUGUGUAUGGGACAGACAUCUACCCACCAGGCCAAGGACAAGUUCCUGGAAAGAACGGUGCUUCCUUCACCUCCGAGUAGCUUUGCAGGUCCUUGACAAAUGCCUCAUGGAGACCAAUCUCUUGAAUCUCACAUCUACCCAGAAGUAACUCCACUUCAGUCUUUCCAGAUCCUUAUCUACAAAACCUUUGUCAUUUUAGGAACUCCCUGAUUUUAAGCACCUAAUCUUUGUUCUACUGGAUAGUUUGAAUCUUUUCCACUGAAGUUAGAGAUGACUGCACUUUUCAGUAAAGCAUUUUCCCUCAAGAAGUUAGCUUGAGCCUACAGUGCAAAACCCACAAAGGAAUUGGAAACCAUUGUUCUCUCUGAGUACCAAUAGGGUCUAGGAGGAUGGGGCCUUUUGAAUCUAUUCUUGUUCUUUAAGAAUCACACACACACACAAAAAGGAUAACUAUCUGAGGUGAUGGAUAUGCUAUUUUUUUAACUUGCCUGUGAUGAUUUAUUUCAUAAUGUAUAUGUAUAUCAAAUCAUCAAAAUAUACACUUAAAUAUAUAUAAUUUUUAACUGCCAAAUACGCUUCAAAAAAAAUAAAGAAUUAGAGGUGGUUGAUCAUUUCAAGAUACAUUAGCUUGAGUAAUGCUCUUCACGUUUUAGCAAAAGUAGAGUUAAUAGCAUUUUGUAUAAAUAUAGAAAUGGAAAACUUUGCUUGUGGUUUUAAAUUCUGAAAAAUUCUGUUUUAUAUGAAAAUUGCUAUUCAUUAAGAGAUUAUUAUUUCCACAUAUAAAGCCUUGUCCUUUAAAAUGCCUGCAUGUCAUUAUUCUCUACAAGUAAAAGAUACUGUCAAGCAUUAAAAGUAGAAGCAUUUGUAUCACAAGGAUUUUGUUUUUAUUUUGGGGGAAAGACAUGGAUUUAGAAGGGGAUGACCUGGCAAACACUGUGUUAGUAAAAUCUAUGUUAUGAAUGAUAUUAUGAAUAACAGAAAACCCGACACAAAUAAAAAAGCACAUUGUCUUGCAUAAUGGAAAA